AUGAUCGGAGCAAAACCAGGUUCUGGUGAUGUCUUAGGUGGGACUCUGCCUGGAGUCAAACCUCUCAAACCUCCAGGUGUCCCCAGAGGUGACACACCAGGUGAAGGAGACGGCGAGGGAGGUCCUGAUGGGUUGAGAGAAGGCACAACAGGCACUGGCGGAGGAACAGAAGGAGUAGUAGGAGGUCCAUCCAGUGCAGGAGGAGCAGGUGGAGUUUCAGGAGGUCUCACAGGUGUGGGAAGAGGAGACAGUGCUGUUAAUGGAAGUGGAGUUGGAACAGAUGGUGCAACUGGUAGGACUGUGGCAGGCGGCACAAGUGGUGGACCUGGUGGAGCGGGAGCCGGUCCUGGGGGAGUUGGAGUCGGUCCUGGAGGAAUUGGAGCUGGUCCUGGAGGAGCUGGAGCUGGUCCUGGAGGAGUUGGAGCCGGUCCUGGUGGCGUUGGAGCCGGUCCUGGAGGAGUUGGAGCUGGUCCUGGAGGAGCUGGAGCUGGUCCUGGUGGCGUUGGAGCCGGUCCUGGAGGAGUUGGAGCUGGUCCUGGAGGAGCAGGCUUGGUCCCUGGUGCUGGUGGGCCUGGUGGAGUAGGAGCCCUUAAACCUCGAAAGAGCUAUGGUGCCGGUGGAGUUUUACCAGGUGGAGGUUUACGUUACCCAUCUGGAGCUGGAGUAGGACAAGGAGCAGGGAAAUCAGGCAAAGUAUAUGGAGUUGGACCUGGCAGCUAUGGAGUCGGUCCUGGUGGUUAUGGUACUGGUCCAGGAGGCUAUGGUGCAGGACCAGGAGGUUACGGCACUGGCCCAGGUGGCUACGGCGCUGGGCCUGGUGGAUAUGGAACCGGACCUGGAGGGUAUGGAGGCAGAGGCAUUGGCGGUGGUCCAGGAGGUGCAGGAACACUUGGUGCUGGAGGAGUUGGAAUUGGUCCUGGCGGAGGAGUGGGCCCUGGUGGAGCGGGUCCAGGUGGAGUUGGGGGAUAUGGUGGUGGUGUUGGUCCUGGUGGUUCGAGAUAUGGCACAGGUCCAGGUCUGGGUACCGGCAACGGAAAACCACCUAAAAGUUAUGGAGCAGGGGGUCAGGUUGGGCCUGGUGGAUAUGGGACUGGAGCAGGUGGUCUUGUGCCUGGUGGUGCCGGUAGUUAUGGACGCGGUGGCUCUGGAGGUGCCGGGGCAGGACUUGGUGGUGUCGGAACCAGGCCGGGUGGUUAUGGACCAGGUGGUGUAGGCACAGGAGCAGGCAGCUAUGGACCUGGUGGAUCAGGGGGCAUUACUGGUGUUUAUACUGCUGGUGGUCAAGGACUAGGAUCAAGAAAACCACCCAAGUCAGGCUAUGGAUCAUCUUCAAUCGGUGGAGCUCAAGGGGCUUUACCUGGAGGAACAGGAACUGGAGCUGGCUCAUAUAGGCCUGGUGGUUUUGGGCCAGGAGGCACCGGCCAAGGAACAGGAGGCUACGGACCAGGUGGAGCCGGCACAGGACCAGGAGGCUAUGGACCAGGUGGCGCCGGCACAGGACCAGGAGGCUACGGACCAGGUGGCGCCGGCACAGGACCAGGAGGCUACGGACCAGGUGGCGCCGGCACAGGACCAGGAGGCUACGGACCAGGUGGCGCCGGCACAGGACCAGGAGGCUACGGACCAGGUGGCGCCGGCACAGGACCAGGAGGCUACGGACCAGGUGGUGCCGGCACAGGACCAGGAGGCUACGGACCAGGAGGCUACGGACCAGGUGGCGCCGGCACAGGACCAGGAGGCUACGGACCAGGUGGUGCCGGCACAGGACCAGGAGGCUACGGACCAGGUGGCGCCGGCACAGGACCAGGAGGCUACGGACCAGGUGGCGCCGGCACAGGACCAGGAGGCUACGGACCAGGUGGUGCCGGCACAGGACCAGGAGGCUACGGACCAGGUGGUGCCGGAACAGGACCAGGAGGCUACGGACCAGGUGUAGCCGGCACAGGAACAGGAGGCUUCAUACCAGGGGGACAAGGAUAUAGAAAAAGAAAACCUUCUAAAUCUGGUUAUGGAUCAGGUGAGGUGCAGGAGCUGGACCCGGUGGAGCUGGAGCUGGACCUGGAGGCUAUGGCCCUGGUGGUUAUGGUCCAGGUGGAACUGGAGCUGGUGGUUUUGGCCCAGGAGGGGCCAGACCUGAUGGUUAUGGCCAAGGAGGUGCCGGACAAGGUGGUUUUGGUCCAGGAGGUGCUGGAACUGGGCAAGGGGGUUUCAGACCUGGUGGGGCUGGUGGAUAUGGGCCUGGUGGCCAAGCACUUGGGACAAGGAAGCCUUCUAAAUCAGGUUAUGGGUCGUCGUUGGGUGGAACCGGCUACAGACCAGGAGUAUGUUACGCCUCAAACCAACAGGAAAUGA